UUAGAAGAGAGUCGUUCAGUUCAUUAAAGCUUUAGACGCGAAGACAAAGAUAUUGAAGAUUGAUACACAGACACAAUCCAGUAUUGUAUUGUUCAAAUUACAGGAGUAAUUUGAUAACUGAUACAAUUGUAAAAACGAUGCUGCUUAGUGGAUGUGCAAAGCUGAGUCUAACUGUUUUCAUUUUACAAGAGAUUUCAUCCGGAUUAACAGCCCCUGUUUUACAAAAAGAGUUUUCAAUUGACUAUCUGAUAAAAUAUGGCUACAUUUUAAAAAGUAAAAGUGAUGUUAAUGAAGAUGACUUUCGUAAGGGUCUAAUUAAAUUCCAGAACUUUAUCGGUGCAAGUCCUACAGGAAAACUGGAUAAAGAUACUCUAGAGGCGAUGCAUUGGCCUAGAUGUAGCAAUUCAGAUGUAAAAAGACAAAGGAUGCCAAAGAGGAGUUUUCAAAUGGCAAGGAUGUUUCAAGGAACUACAUGGUCUGCGAAAACUAUUUAUUACAAGGUGAUAACAUACCCACUCACACUGGAUAGAAAUGUGGUGGACAGUGAGCUAAAAAGGGCUUUCAAUUUGUGGAGCUCAGUCACCAAACUUAAAUUUGUGCAAAUAGAAAAAGGAAAUUAUCACAUUGGGAUAAAAUUUGUCAGCGGUAAACACGGUGACAAUACUCCUUUUGAUGGCAAGGGCGGUGUCCUGGCGCAUGCAUUUUAUCCAGGAUACGGUGGAGAUAUGCAUUUCGACUUGGCCGAAAAUUGGACUGCUUUUACACCAGAAGGAAGUAACUUCUUUCAAAUCGCUGCUCAUGAAUUGGGUCAUUCUUUGGGCCUCAAGCACAGCAAUAAUAAGAAAGCAAUCAUGGCCCCGUUCUACUUUGGGUAUACGCCAGAUUUUUCUUUACAUGCAGAAGAAGCUAGAGCUAUUCAGAUAUUGUAUGGCAUUAAAUGAAUUGGAAAUCAGAAGAACUACUGUCUGUGUAGUUCAGAACGAUACAUAACAAGCUCACUAUGCAAUUCGCAAAACGGAUCUUUCAUUUGUAAAAUAAAUUGUGUCUGUAAAAUAUCUUUGUCUUCUACAAUGUUGUAUUUAAUUAUAAUAUAAUUAAAUAUAUUUUUGAAAGUAAACAUUACAUAUAUUUUCUGUGAUUAAGUAAUAACUUACGAUGAGCAGACCCCCUUUUUCGCAAAAAAAUGGAAACAGAUGAGAAAAGAGAAAAAAUAUGCAAAAGAAGGAGAGUUUUCGAUGAACAAAAACCGUGGAAAAUUGAAAAUGAACGAGGAGUUCGAUAAAAAUAGGGUGUUUACCUGGUUUGCUUUUUCAAAUGAAGGCGACAUAGAUAUGCUGGAAUUCCGGCUCGAAUCCACCAGUUUUUCCCCCAUUAGAAUUUCCACCUCUAUGGAAUCAUGCUUCAAAAAUUGGACAGUCUGGAUCUACAAAAAUAUCUAAGAAUU